GAGUUGAAAUGACAUAAAAAAGUCUUCAAAGCACUGACUGCAAAAUGAGCUCCUUCCACUUGAUGCUGAAAGGAGGUAAACUGAAGCUCCAGGAAUGUUGAUCAGCUCAUUGGCAAGUUACAGAAAAAACGCACACAGGACAACUAGAUAAAGACUAUGCAAAAGAUGACAUCUAUGUUUUUGCUCAUUGGUCAUCUCGUUCUACUGAUACCUCUGUUCAAUGCUGAAGAAUGCAUUAUUUGUAAUUACUUUGUGCUUGUUGGAGAACCUACAGCUAUUAGUUGCCCAAUAAUUACAUUGCCAAUGCUUCACUCUGAUUACAAUCUGACGUGGUAUAAAAAUGGUAGUGCUACACCGGUAACCACAGAGAGAGAUGCCAGGAUCCAUCAGCGAGAGGGCUUGCUUUGGUUUAUUCCUGCAACACUGGAAGAUUCUGGACUUUAUGAAUGUCAUGUAAGGCGGCUUAACCACUCUAACCAAAAAACUGUAAAUUUGACAGUUUUUAAGAACGAUAAUGGUUUGUGUUUUAACGGAAAAAUGAAGUUUGAACAAAAAGUGACAAGCACAAAUACUGGAAAGAUUAUAUGCCCUGAUCUAGAUCAUUUUAAAGAUGAAGACAAUAAUCAGCCUGAAGUACACUGGUAUAAGGAGUGUAAGCCUGGAUUUCUUGAAGACAAGCGACUUGUUUUGGCAGAGGUUGAAAAUGCUAUCUGGAUUCACAAUGUAAGUGUGCAAGACAGAGGAAACUACACGUGCCGUAUGGUAUACACAUAUAUGGGAAAACAAUAUAAUGUUUCACGAACUGUGAGCCUAGAGGUUAAAGGUGAGUGCACUGAGAAGAGACCAGAAUUUAUUUAUCCGAAGAACAAUACAAUUGAAGUAGAACUUGGCUCUCAUGUAGUUAUGGAAUGUAAUAUAUCAAGUGGCAUAUAUGGCUUGAUUCCAUUCUGGCAAGUUAAUGAUGAGGAUGUUGAUAGCUUUGAUAGCACCUACCGGGAACAGUUCUAUGAAGAGAAGAUGCCUCAUGGACUUGCUGUAUCUGGAACAAAAUUUAACAUUUCAAAAGUGAAAGUAAAGGAUUAUGCUCAUAAUUUUUUCUGUCACUUCAUAUAUGGUACUCAACAAUUUACAGCCUACAUCAAACUGGAACGCCCAGCUCAGAACAUUCAGGGUUACUUAAUUGGAGGAGGAGUUUCUUUGGUAUUUUUAGUAUUUUUUACUCUCUUUGUCUACAAGAUCUUCAAAAUUGAUAUUGUGCUUUGGUAUCGGGACUCCUGCCAUCCUUUCCUGGGUAAAAAAGUUUCAGAUGGGAAGAUCUAUGAUGCGUACGUUCUCUAUCCAAAGAACAGAGAGAGCUGCUUGUAUUCAUCAAAUAUUUUUGCUCUGAAGAUACUGCCAGAGGUCUUAGAAAGACAGUGUGGAUAUAACCUCUUCAUAUUUGGGAGAGAUGAUUUACCAGGAGAAGCUAUGAUCAGCGUUGCUGAUGAAAAAAUUCGUCAAAGUAGAAGAGUGAUAAUUGUUUUAGUACCAGAACCCUCCUGUUACAGUAUUCUAGAAGAUGCGUCUGAAAAGCAUCUAGCCAUGUAUAAUGCUCUUAUUGAAGAUGGCAUUAAAGUAAUUCUCAUUGAACUUGAAAAAAUACAAGAUUAUGCAACCAUGCCAGAGUCCGUCAAAUAUAUUAAGCAAAAGCACGGGGCUAUCCGAUGGAAAGGGGACUUCUCGGAAAGGUAUCAUUCAGCAAGUACUAGAUUCUGGAAGAAAGUGCGCUACCACAUGCCAUCCAGAAAAAAUGGAUCUUCAUCACAAUUGCAUUUGUUACCAAAAGACUUUAAUUCUCCCUAA